AUGUUAUUGGCAAAUGUGCCAAUAUCACAUAAGCAAGCGUGUGUUGCUAAGACAGAAAAUUCAAGUGAGUCCAUUUGUACAACAUGCAAGAAAGGAUAUUUUCCGCAUAGGAAUAUAUGUUUUAAGUGCAUUGGUACGUGUACAGCUUGCAACAGUAUUAGAUACUGUACAGAAUGUGAACCGGAGUAUUACGAGCUACAGUGUACUAUCAAAUGUCCUAAAAACUGCCUAGAAUGUAUAUCAGAUGAUAAAUGUACAAAGUGUAAAGAUGGCUGGUCUGGAGUGCAUAAAUGCCACUGCAGUCACAAUUGUAUCCGAGAGGGUGAUCCUGAAACUUAUUGCUUUACGAACGGAACAUGUGCUAAAGGCUGCAUUAGAGGCAAAUUCGGCUUUGGCUGUAAUGUCGAUUGCCCAGAGAAAGAUCGUUGCUUGGAAUGCCACCAGUUCAGCGGCCGCUGCAGAAAAUGUGUCAGUGGAUUUUAUAGCGUAAUAAAUCACUGCGACAAAAAAUGUGGGAAUUGUGCGCCAGAUGCUUCAAAUGAAGUGACAUGUUCUAUCGAAGAUGGAGAAUGCAGUGGUCCUUGCAUUGAUGGGUUCUAUGAGAAAUAUUGUAAUCAGCAUUGCAGCGAAAAUUGUUUAGAUCCUAUCACUAAAUUAAACAGCUGCAGCAAAAGCACAGGGGAAUGUUCUGCUUGCAAAAUUGGAUUUUACGGCUUGACCUGUUCAAACAAAUGUAGCCCGAACUGUAAAUCUGGUUGUAACAAGACCACAGGGAUUUGCGAUACAUGUAUAGAUCGUUAUGGCAUCAACUGUACACUAAUAUGUUCACAAAACUGUGGAACUGAACCAGUUGGAAAUUCGCGAAAAGCGAUUUGUCAUAGAGCAAAUGGAGAAUGUUUACAUUGUAAACUCGGCUUUUAUGGACAAUUCUGUGACAAACCUUGUCCGGAAAACUGUGAGAACUAUACAGAAAACAAACAACAGUGUUAUAAAGCUGACGGGUCUUGUUUGAAGUGUCAGGAUGGAUACUUUGGAACCUUCUGUAAACAAAAAUGCAGCAAGAAUUGUGGUAGGGGAGAGAAUAGAAAGAAAGGAUCCUGUGACCAGAACACAGGUCGCUGUGAUCAUGGACGCAUGUCUGGCUGGUACAACAACACUUGUCAAGAAACUUGUAACAUCACUUGCAAAGACCUAUUAUGUCAUAUCAACACAGGUGAAUGCCUCAGUGGAUGUGAAAACGGAUUUGAAGGUGUUUUCUGUGAAAGGUGUAAACAGUGUAACAGUGCCACUGUAGAGGUAUUAGCUGUGCUUUUAGCAGCUGUAACAGCAGCUCUUCUCGCCUCUGUUGUUGGUCUUUUUUGCUUAUAUAGACGGGGAAAAAGAGCAAACAAAGCCCAAAAUACGGCUAUUUAUUAUAACACGUCGGGCGUACCAAGAUCUGGCGCCACUGAAAGUGCAUCACCGCUAAAUGCGCCACAACAGGACCUGGCAUAUGAAGCCUUAAAGGCAAACGUAACGGCAGGCGCUAAUUAUAGCCAGCUAGAGCCAAGUGAUGAUUAUCACAUAUACACACAGAGUACAUAGGUGAAGCUUCAUUCAUCCUGGAUAGACAUCACCUAAACAGUCUGGUAUUUAGUAACACCUCCAAAAUUUAAAUAGACAUUAAUUACGAUUUUAGGUGGUGCA